UGUACUGCACUCUAUAAUUUAGCUGCAAGUGGAACAUACAUAUUUAUGAUAAACAAACUUUUCAUCAUUUCUCCCUAUGUCUAUAUAUUUUCGUAUCAAGUCUAACCACUGCAUGUGUAAACUUUUCCAUCUCCCUAUUCUCAUUUUUCAAACAGCAGUGGAGCGGUAGGGUUUCUCUUCACCUUCACCAUUUCCAUUAUUUUUUCUUCAUUCAACCUUACUGAUAGAGUUCUGUUUCUUCCACUACUUUUCUCAACAGAAUAUGAGCAGAAAGUUUUCCCCGAUUAAGGAUCUCAACGAUUCAAAAGAAACAUGGAGAUUGGCCGUUCGAGUUGUUGAUUUUUGGAGUGUUAUCAACAGCAAGGGUAAGGAGCAUCUGGAGAUGGUUCUAAUGGACGUAUCGGGUGAUAGGAUACAAGUUUUGAUUCGUUCUGACCACACACCAAAAUGGAAAGCAAGAAUACGCGAAAACAUGUCUUGCAUAAUCAACAAUGGAACUGUUUAUGAAAACGAUUUUCAGUGGAAGCUUUGUGAUCACGACAAGAAAUUUGUGUUUAUUGGUGAUAUCAUUGGUGUGGUUCAAGAAAUCAACAAUUUUCAAUACAACAAUUCUGGAAAAAAAUCAUUUGUUUCACUGAGUCUUAAAGACUUGAAAGGAGUCAUUGUUAACUGCACAUUAUGGGAGAGCUACGGAACAAAAUUUUUGGACUUCUACCACGACGAAAAAAACAGUGGUGCUAUUGUAAUAAUACUAACUCAUGCAAUGAUAAAGGAAUCACAAGUCUCAAAUGGUUGGAGUGGAUCUAAGUUGCUUAUUAACGAAGACAUUCCAGAGAUAACUGAGUAUUUAUCAAAGUUACCGUCAAAUGAGCAGACUGAAAAGCCUUCGCAGUCUUCGAAGGGAAUGUCUCUUUGGUCUGGUGCCUCUCAAUUCACCCCAGUCGAAAGUUUCGUUCAUAAGGCCAAGUGUAUUUCUCUCAGUGAACUUUGCAAGGUGAAACAGGACAUGUUAUGCGUUACUGUUGGAACAACUCAAAGAUUUUUUGUCUCAAAACACGGUUGGUUUUAUUAUGGGUGUACUAAAUGUUCUCUAAAGGCAUCUGAUGUGAACAAUCCAUACAAAUGUUCAUGUGGACAGAAUGUAGAACAUGCCAUACCGAGGUAUCGAGUUGACAUAUAUGUGGUUGAUGGUGAUUCCAAAUUUCGCUUUGUGUUUUGGGACUCUGACUGUGCCGACAUUAUUGGAAAGUCUGCUGAUAGUAUUUAUAAAGCAAUGCUUGAGGAAGGUGACGACGACCCAAUGAUAUAUCCAGAUGAUCUUGACAUGCUACUUGGUAAAAAGAUGGCGUUUAGGGCUAAAGUUCAGCCAACAUUUGGCCAAGCAUCUGUUUGGAAACUUUCCUAUGAUGAAGAGUUUGUAAAGGAAAUUGAGAAAGAUUAUAUUACUGAUGAAGGAGAUAGCAAAUCUUUAAACCAAAACCCAGUUGUUGAUCGUGUUGAUGAAUCCAUUGAGUCGUUGUCGGCAUAUGGAGAAAAUGAUCCUGAUAAACAAGUGACCAAUACUCCAUCCAAAGGAAGUCCUGUUUAUCUUGAUGCUGAAGAUUCCGAAUUACAAGCGUAUGGUACUACCCAGCUCUCAGGAACCAAGCCUGCAAAGAAAGUUAAGAUUGAAUCGGAUGCAUGAAGACUCCACCAGAACCACUUUAAUUUCCAUCAUUAUUGUUAUUUUGUGAUAUUUUCUUGACAGUUGUUUUAA